AUGGUGAUGCUGGACUUCGAAAAGCACUUAUGGGAGAAGGCCGAGUCAAGAUACAUGAAUGAGAUUGACUCAAUCUGUCUGCCAAGUGCUGAAAGAUGGGUUGCAACUACACCAAGCAGUGUUAUUAAAAAAGCUGCUGAAUUUGUCGAUUACAUCCAAACCAAUAAGUCAAUUCUGCCUCCAGUUGCUGCUUUGUUUAGUACAAGAAUACCAGAAGUGCGGAAUAAAGAAUCAAUAUUGGAGUUCCCAGAAUUACGCGCUGACAUUGAUGCGAAUCCCAGAGAACAAGCUAUGCGUAUGAGUUAUGUAAUUUACGAGAGGUUACAUGAAAAAGUACUCAUGCACAUCGCGUAUACGUUGAACUACGAGCUUCACCAAAGGGCUCGAGAAGUCGGAAGAUCAGUUGCCGAUGUAUUGGAAGCAUUAGUGAAUGAAUACGAAAAAGAUGGAUUUCCAUUCAAAGUCGUCCAAACGUUAGAAUUCCUCGAAAGUGGAAUAUAUGAGGGUACACUAGAAGACGCAGCCGAAAGGUUUGAAAAGCGUUACAUGUAUUUGACACCGGAAGAACAAAAAAUGAUGAGGUGGAUCAUGUUUUACCUAUUAGCGAGAGACAAAUAUGGAUUGGAUGAGCUCGACCAUUGA